AUGGAGCGGGCGGGCGUGGGCUGGCGGCGGCCCUGGGCGGAGGCUUGCGUGGGGCCCCGGGGCGGCGGCCUGGGGCCGGUGGCCGCCCCGCUGGCGCGCCUGGAGCCGGCGAGCAGCCUCAGCAGCGAGCUGCUGGGCCUGCGCGCCCACGAGAAGGAGCAGCUGGCCGGCCUCAACGCCCGCUUCGCCCCCUACGCGGAGCGGGUGCGCCUGCUGGAGGGCCGCCGCCGGGCGCUGCUGCGGGAGCUGGAGGCUCUGCGGCGCCAGCAGCGGCCCCCGCCGCGCCUGCCCCAGCUCUACCGGCAGGAGGCGCGCGGCCUGCGGGCCCGCCUGGAGGGCCAGGAGACGCUGCGCCGCGCCCGCCGCCACGCCGCCCGCGCCACGCCGGCCGCCCGCCGCGCCGACGGGGCGGCCGCCUCGCUGGCCGCCCAGCUGGCCUUCCGGCAGCAGCUGCUGGCCCACGAGCGCGCCCAGCUGGCCGAGCAGGCCGAGGCGGCGCCGGCCCAGGGCGCCCCGCCCCACCUGGCGGCCGCCCUGCUCCACCUCGGCGCCCCGGACGCGCGCCUGGCGGCCCAGAACCACAGGCGGGCGGCCGAGGAGUGGCACCGCGCCAAGGGCGCCUCGGGGGCCCGGCUGGCCAGCCGCAGCCAGGAGGCGGCGCGCCCCGUCCGCCACGAGGCCGGCCAAUACCGGCGCCUGCUCCGGUCGCGCGCCGCCCAGCUCGAGGCCCUGCGCGCCGCCGUCGACUCGCUGCGCCGGCAGCUGGACAGCCUGCAGGGGGAGCGGAGCGCCCAGGUGGCCCGCGGCCAGGAAAGAGUGGUGGAGCUGGAGCAGGAGAUCUCGGAAGCCAAGGAGGAGAUGUCCCGCUACCUGUGCGAGUACCAGGAGCUGCUGAAUGUCAAGAUGGCCCUGGACAUCGAGAUCGUGGCCUACAGGAAACUGCUGGAAGGGGAGGAGAUGUGGUGGAGUUCUUCUUUGCAAAGACGCUGA